UUGGUCUCGAGUCAUUCGUCACUUCAUCCUGUGCCGAAAUGCAACUAGCCACUACUGAUCUUGAAGCUGAAACUAAUCAAAAUAUCACCGAAACACAAGAAGAAUUCUUCGCUAUGUGCGAAGACUCCGAAGAUGCCGAUAACAUUACGCAAACUGUCAACAACGUCACGACGAAAAUUACAGAAUGUGUACAAACUUCUACUUCCGUCACUGUCCAAAUGUGCGCCAAUGUUGCCAUCCAAGCGCUUCUUGUGAAACAAACGACAGCUCAUCAACAGAUUGGACAUUGCGUGAGCGAAGGCAAGGCUGAAAACGAAAAAGACAUGAAUGAAAUCAAGGAAAGCUUCAAACAAUCAUGCUCCCAUAAUCAUGAACAAUUGAAACAUUGUGCUGACAAACACAAACCUGGACCAGGACCUCACAAACGUGGGCCAGCAAGUGACAGUGACAGCGGUGAGACUCCCGCCGAAAAAUGCGAAAGUUGCAAGAAAAAGCAUUGCGAUAAAGGAAAGGCACACAAAGAGCACUCUCAUGAAAAAUGCAAGAAGCACAAGAAGGGAGGCGAACACCACGAAAAAGUUAAAAAGUGCAAGAAGGACAGUCGUACCACGACAAUCACUGAAAUUCAAGCGAUCGUUGCAACCUUCAAUAUCUGCGCAUCUGUCACGAUCACAUUGUAAACAGUUUUCAAAUCACAAAAGAUGCUCGUUACUGAUGAGUAUCUUUUGUCUCUUUUUGUUCUUUUGAAUAAAGAAAUUUUUUGAAA